AUGAAUUACCUUCAGAAAAAUAAUUCUUCGUUAACUAAAGUUCCAGGUAUGGCAGGAAGUCAAAUAGAGGCAUCUGUUAAUAGAUCUACAGCUCAAGCAUACUGCCAAAAAGUGUCUGACGGUUACAUCAAUAUUUGGCUCAAUUCAGCUUCAUUGUCAUCACAUUUUUUGGAAUGUUGGAUUGAUAACUUCCGACUUAUUUACAACGGUAGGACCCGAAAAACGUAUUGUCCUGAUGGUGUGGUUACCAAAAUACCCGGAUGGGGUGACACCUCGACGGUAGAGUACUUAGACCCUAGAAUACCAUCGCCCAGACAAAGGGUGUUUGGCGCACAUGGCUCGUACUUCAUGGAGAUAGCCAAUAUGCUCGUUGAUAAACUAGGCUAUUUACGUAAUGUUUCUUUGCGAGGCGCGCCCUAUGAUUUUAGAAGGGGACCAGAUGAAAACGUCGAGUAUUUCACAAAACUGAAAACCCUCGUCGAAGAAACUUACCGCAUGAACAACAACGAAAAAGUGACGUUCAUUGCCCACAGCAUGGGGGGAUCGAUGGCGUUGAUAUUUCUACGCCUUCAAACGCAAGCGUGGAAAGACAAAUACGUCAGUUCUUUGCUGACACUAUCCGGUGUUUGGGAAGGAUCAGUAAAAGCCCUUCAAAUACUUGCGACGGGAGACAACAUGAGCACACAUUUGUUAAACGCGAGAACUUUGAGGAAACUGCUCGUAACGUUUCCAAGCUUUGGUUGGUUGUUACCCACAAAACCUUUGACGGAUGAUGGAGUGCUUGUGACGACCGAGUUUAAAAAUUACACGCAAGCUGACUUGAGACAAUACUUAUUAGAAAUCGGUGUGCCGAAUGCGUGGGAAUUCUACAAGAAUAAUCGAAGAAACAAAUUUGAUUCCAGACCUCCAGGAGUGAGGGUAUACUGUUUGUACGGAGAUAUACGUUAUUCGACAGUUCAAAGGUUGUUGUAUAGGCCUGGAGUAUCAUUUAACGACGCUCCGGAAUUAAUUUUUGGAGAUGGCGAUGGCAGUGUCAAUAAAAAAAGUUUGGAAGGUUGUCUAGAUUGGAUUGAUAAACAAAGUCAAGAGAUUUAUUAUCGAUCGUUUCCUCACGUAGAUCACUAUGGAAUGUUACGCAACGAAAACAUUCUCGACUACAUCGAAAGCGUUCUUGAAGUUGAUUAA